GUUUACUGGAAAGCAGCACCCGGCUGAAACCUCAUGAAGCCCAAAACUACAGGAAGAAGGCAUUGUGGGUAUCCUGGUUCUCCAUCAUUGUCACCCUGGCCCUGGCAGUGGCCGCCUUCACUGUCUCCGUCAUGAGGUACAGCGCCUCUGCCUUCGGGUUUGCUUUUGAUGCCAUCCUGGAUGUGCUGUCCUCGGCCAUUGUCCUGUGGCGUUACAGCAAUGCGGCCGCCGUGCACUCUGCUCACAGGGAGUAUAUAGCCUGUGUCAUCUUGGGGGUGAUCUUCCUUCUGUCAUCCAUAUGCAUAGUGGUCAAAGCCAUCCAUGACCUUUCAACAAGGCUGCUCCCUGAAGUGGAUGAUUUCCUGUUCAGCGUCUCUAUUUUAAGUGGGAUCCUUUGCAGCGUCCUGGCUGUGUUGAAGUUCAUGCUGGGGAAGGUCCUGACGAGCAGAGCUCUCAUCACAGAUGGGUUCAACUCUCUUGUUGGGGGCGUGAUGGGCUUCUCCAUCCUUCUGAGUGCGGAAGUGUUCAAACACAACGCGGCAGUCUGGUACCUGGAUGGCAGCAUUGGGGUCCUGAUUGGUCUCACCAUCUUUGCCUACGGGGUCAAGCUCCUCAUCGACAUGGUGCCUAGAGUGAGGCAGACGCGUCACUACGAAAUGUUUGAGUGAAGGCGGCGGGAGGGGCGGCAGAGACGCCCCCGCGGAAGUGUCACGUGACCGGAGGUUUCCACGCAGGCAGACGGUGCCAAUAUUUAUCUGCACAUCCAGUUUCAUUUUGGGAAGUUUUCGUUUAUGGAGUCCUUGACCAUGGGACGAGGUCUGCCCGGGGGGUGGACCCGUCCGACACCCUCACCCAGUCGCCCACCACAGGAGGGGCCGCCACGCUUCCCCAUCUUCAGCCGGAAGUGACAUUUUCUAUUUCCUGGAGUCAAGCGGUUCGUGAAAGCAGGCUAGGGUCUCUGACGCUGUCGCCUCCUCCUGACACAUGUGGCUAAGCCACCUCUAGAUUCACACUCUUCCCCUAGCAGAUUCCAUCAGAAAAUCACUUCCUAACUUCUGUCACCGUUUCAUACACUUUUACUAACCCCAACACUAAACAAAGGUGUUCAGAAGGAGACCUUUUAUUUUUCAAAGCGUUUAGUGACAUAUGAGCUUUGCAUGGACAAGCUACGUAAGCACACAGCCCUUCCUUCCACGUUCAGAGCCUGCACAUCCAUGAGAACCCAGGCCCCAUUUUUGAGAGAUGUGAAACUCCACACAUUUAUUUGUAAUAAAUAAUUAUACCCAUUA